UGGUAAAGCCGCGGAACUCUGCAUCGGCUACGCUUGCGCCACCUAUUGAAAACAAAAAUGGUGGCCAACAAUAUGCCCUAUCCCUGCCCUGGUUUUAUGGCACGCCAAAUGUCUGCGUUCUCUAGGCUUCUUUCUGCUAUGUAUUUCCCUCCAACCGAUACACCCAAUUUCAAUGUGAACAAAGGGAAUAAUUUCCUGACGAUCGACCCUAUCUUACGUGCUAAAUAAGUGGGGCUACUUCUAACCAAACUGAAGGAAACACGAAAUAAACAAUCUUAAAAUCAUAGUGGCAAUGCAGUAGAAGAAGCAAAAUCCUUGUAUGCUUUACUAAUUACGCAAACAGCAAGAUAGACGUUUUAUUUCGUUAUAUGUUUAUGUAUGAAGUACAUAAAAAAUUUUGUCACCAGUCAUGUAACAUGCUACACAAGAAUCAUUAUUCAAUAUAUUUACUGAAAUGUCAAAUGAUCACAGAGUCAUAUUAGGUUGUUGAAUUGCAUAUAAACUGGUAAUGACAGAUAGGAUAUCUACAAUGAGGUUGGAAGCAGAAAUGGCUGCUCCUUUGCAUUUGCAAAGAUUGGAGCGUAGUCUGAAUGUACAGCCUUUUUUGAGGCAAAUUAACGAACUGUUUCAAGAUCCAGCCAGCGAGGAUGACAAGUCUGUAUCAUCAGAAUCAUCUGAGGGAUCAGACAAUUAUCUUGAUAAUGUAGUGAUAAGAAAAGAAGAGGACAGAAUUAAUAAGCUAAGACUUUACAACAUGUCAACUGUGGGGGAGGAACGACGUUGGUUGCAGGAUAUUCUAUUAAGUGAAUCAUCGGAUAGUUCAGCUUCAGGAUCUGAUACAGAUGGUCCUAUUACAGAGGAAGAUUUUCAGGAAAUGCUAAAGUUUCACAUACUUAGGAAGAAAUAUCAGGCAAAAUUCUAUCAAAAACCAGAGAACAUUCAGUACCAAUAUUAUAGCGCUGGUUUAUUGUCCAAUUACGAUAGAUUUUUAGAACAUCAGAAAUUGAUAGUAGGAAAUAAAAAGAAAAAGGAAAAGAAACCAGAAAAGAAAGUUAUGAAGAUAAAGAAGGAAAAGGAAGGAGACUAUCCGGACGAGGAAUGGAAUCGUUCGAUUCCUAGAGAAGAAGAAUUAGAUGAAGCCGAGUUAGAAGCAUUAAUGCGUCAUCAACCUCGUCAACGGACAAGAAAAAAGCAUAACAACAAGAGUCCUGAGGUGAUGGCAAUGAGGAGACGAAAGAUUUGGGUCAUGAUGUCCAAAAAAGAAUUGGGAAAAGUACAAAGAGCAAAAACCAAUAAUCAUAAAGAAAUGUUAAUUAGUUGUAAAAAAGUAGCACAACAUUGUAUGAAAUAUUGGAGACAAAAGGCUAUGCAAUCGCAGAAGAACAUGAAGGAAACGAUAUGGAGAGCUAAACGCCUCACGAGAGAAAUGCAGUCUUAUUGGAAACGUUACGAUCGAGUCGAACGUGAAACAAGAAGAAGAUUGGAAAAAGAAGCUGAAGAGCAGCGGAAAAUGGAUGUGGAGCUUAUUGAGGCGAAAAGACAGCAAAGGAAAUUGAAUUUUCUCAUUACACAAACUGAACUUUAUGCUCACUUUAUGUCCAGGAAAUUAGGGAAAGCUUCUCCUGAAGAACAAUUGAGAAUUUUGAAUCAGUUAGAUGAAGAAAAAAAUCCACGACUUGUUGGAAUUGAUGAUUACGAUAGUGAAUCUAUGAAACAAAAAGCCAAGAAAAAUGCAACCGAAGCAUUCGAUAAUGAGAAAGCUCGAACGAAACAAUUCGACACAGCUGCUGCGUCUCAAGAGUUACGGCUUAGUGAUACACCGGAGAAUUUGGAACACCCUCAACCUUCGAUCUUUAAAGGAAAUCUUAAGGGAUAUCAGUUAAAAGGAAUGAAUUGGUUAGCCAAUUUAUAUGACCAGGGUAUUAGUGGAAUUCUGGCGGAUGAAAUGGGCUUGGGGAAAACUGUGCAAUCUAUAGCCUUUUUGUGUCACAUCGCUGAAAGAUAUUCUGUAUGGGGACCUUUUUUAAUUAUAUCACCGGCUUCGACGUUGCACAAUUGGCAGCAAGAAAUGGCACGCUUUGUACCAAUGUUUAAAGUAGUUCCCUACUGGGGCAAUCCACAAGAACGUAAAAUAUUGAGACAAUUCUGGGACACUAAAGAUUUGCACACGAAAGAAGCUUCAUUUCACGUAGUGAUAACCAGCUAUCAAUUAGUUAUUACCGAUUAUAAGUACUUCAAUAGAAUAAAAUGGCAAUACAUGAUCUUAGACGAAGCACAAGCUAUAAAAAGCACCAGCAGUAUGAGAUGGAAAUUGUUGCUUGGAUUUAGCUGUCGUAACAGACUGUUACUUAGCGGUACUCCAAUUCAAAACAGCAUGGCAGAAUUAUGGGCCUUAUUGCAUUUUAUAAUGCCAACUUUAUUCGACUCUCACGAUGAAUUCAAUGAAUGGUUUUCUAAGGAUAUCGAGAGUCACGCUGAGAAUAAAACCGGAAUCGAUGAAAAACAUUUAUCGAGGUUGCACAUGAUUUUGAAACCCUUUAUGUUGCGUAGAAUAAAGAAAGAUGUAGAAAAUGAAUUGUCCGAUAAGAUAGAAGUGAUGGUGUAUUGUCCUCUCACUACACGUCAAAAGUUACUUUAUUCAGCAUUAAAGCAGAAGAUUAGAAUAGAAGACUUACUGCAUUAUACGGUGGGUGGUGGUGACACGGCAACUAACGAUAAAAAUUUUACAUCGAACCUGAUGAAUCUAGUCAUGCAAUUCCGGAAGGUUUGCAAUCAUCCAGAGCUUUUCGAGCGUAGGGAUGCUAAAUCUCCGUUCUUCAUGCAUACUGAAUGUUACGAAAUGCCUGCACUAUUAUAUAUAGAUGGACUCAUGCAUCUUGCGUUGCCAUCUAAAGAUCAUUUGUUGUAUAAUAAGCUGUUUAUAUUUGCUACUGAACAUAUACAUCGAACCCUUCACGAUGACAACGCCAGUUUGUCUCAAAAUAUCUUUUCCUUUAGUAGAUUUAUUAACUUGUCUCCUAUGGAAAUCAGUAACAUAUUUAUCGUCGGUAUUUUAUUCAGACUGUGUCUUGCGACAGUAAUGGGGAGAAGAAUGAGAAUGAAGCGAUAUUGGGAGGACUGGAAUGUUGACGAGAGGAAAGAAAUAUCUGUGAAUCAAAUGUUUCUUUUACCCGAAAAGAUCGACUCUUCGUCGCGAUCACUGCAGGACUUAAUAUUCACGAGAAACAUCAUUGAAGGAGAACCUGUAUAUACGCAUACGACUCACAUCAUGCAUUCAAUGCCCGAGACUGUCGCACAUCGAAUCUUGCGUAGUAGUAAAAAGGCUGCCAGUCAAUCGUUAAAGAGGGUGCUCCCUUCUACCAAAGCUGAUCAAGAAGAAUCGAAGGUGACGCUGUUACCGGAACAUCCUCAUCAUCCAAGGCCACCGAUAAUGCGAUAUUGUCAACAGACCACCAUUCCAUCAUUUAUCUGCGAUAGUUACCCUAAGGUACAAGCUAGUCCUCGAAAAUUAUACGUUAGUAAUAGUUCCGCGGCGUGCGCGUGGAGAAUACACGAAGAGUGUGGCGGAAAGUUCGGCCAGCAACUUGUUUGGCUUGGUUGCGAACGAGCUCUUUCGUUGUCGCAAGACAACUUCAAGACUCGUAUAGGACAGACUACGGUUACGUUCUCGGUCGAGCCUCAAGGUGGAAUAUCUGCAUGCACUCCUAUAAACGGAUGGUCAAAUAUCAUAGUGCCAGACAAGCAAACAUUAGUAACGGAUGCCGGAAAGCUUUCCGUAUUGGACAGUCUCCUGCGCCGUCUGAAAGAACAAGGUCAUCGAGUGCUUAUCUACUCUCAGAUGACAAAAAUGAUUGAUCUGUUAGAGGAAUAUAUGUAUCACAGGAAGCACACAUUCAUGAGACUAGACGGUUCUUCGAAAAUCUCAGAUCGACGAGAUAUGGUAGCGGAUUUUCAAAAGAGGGCGGACAUAUUCGUCUUUCUCCUAAGUACCCGAGCCGGUGGCCUGGGAAUAAACCUCACUGCCGCAGACACGGUAAUUUUUUAUGAUAGUGAUUGGAACCCUACGGUGGAUCAACAAGCUAUGGAUCGUGCUCAUAGACUCGGUCAGACGAAGCAAGUUACGGUCUAUCGAUUAAUUUGCAAAGGAACUAUCGAGGAAAGAAUACUGCAACGUGCUCGAGAGAAAAGCGAGAUACAACGUAUGGUGAUUAGCGGCGGAAAUUUCAAACCAGAUACUCUGAAGCCGAAGGAAGUCGUUUCCCUUUUGUUAGACGACGAAGAAAUCGAAGCGAAAUACAGCCAACGGAGCGAGGAGAGAAAACAGCACGCGGAGGAUGCCCGACUUGAGUCGAACCUAUACCACAAGGAGAGAGACCGGAAGAGGAAGUUAACCGCGCUUCCGGCUAAGGGUGACGCAAAGAAGCCUUGUCUAGCUGAUGCGAUCAGUGACAAGAUUGGCGACGGUGCUCACUCGAACUCUAAUGAAAUCGGCCAAGCCACUGGCGGCAUUCAAUCUCAUCAAGUUAACAAUCAUCAACAGAUAAUCGAUAAUACGGAUGAUUACAGUGUGCCAACGAGUCCUGUCAAGUCAGAGGAUGAAACGAGCAACGAUGGCUUGGUCGUUGACGUCGAUGGUCCGAUCGGAACAUCUUCGGGCGAUACCCGGCAAUCACGAAUGGGGCCAUUCGGUGAUUCCGGAAAAGUGAAUCGUUUGGAUCAUCAUGUAUCUUUUAGCAGCGGAAGUAGCGUUCGAAUGAGACCUACGAUUCGCGGUACUAGCAAAAGGGGCAGGCCGCGUGGUUCUCGCAGAGGAGGACCCAUCGGAGGGAAGGGUAGGGGUCUUCUUAUGCUUCACCCGCCAUCCAAAGGUGUUGGAAACGAUCCUCAAUCGCCAACGUCUUUAUCUCCGAACAGUAGCGGUGCAUCCAAUGACCAAGUUCUACAGCACGGAGUUCAAGGAAUUUCUGGCGGACCAGCGGAAGGCGACGGUCCCAGUUCGGUAGGUCCGAUGGGUCCGGUUGGAACACUGGGUCCCCUGCCGGGCAGAGGAGGAACGCCAGCAAUUCGAAGGGGUCCGGGUCGUCCUCGGUUAAGGCCGACGGGUCCUGGUCAUCAAGGGUAUCGUACGCCUGGUCACCAUCAUGGCAGAAAAGUCCAACGACCACUUCCGGUUCCAUUGAGGUCGCAGCAAACGAUCGCCACUGUGAAUCAACAGAAAAAUGUGGUGCAGCGAGCCUCGGGAUCAUCCGGUCCGUCGAUCGCCGCCGCCUCCUCUCCCUCUGUGAAUACCGCGGCGACCCCCUCGUGUCCUCCCUCGACAGGAGAGUCGAGACCCUUCGGGUUUUAUACGCAGCAACAACAGAAGCAGCAACAACCGCGGGGAUCGUCCUAGCUUUCAGAGGGAGAGUUCCUUCGAGUGAUACUCCAGGGAGAUUCCUGAACAAAGUUUGUUGAAGCGAGAUUUCUUUUUAGCUAAUUUACCAAUUAAUCGAUUCGUUUACAAUUGUACAUUCUGUCGUAAUUUCAAGAGAGCGUCGAACGUUUUGCUCGAUUAUUUGGAAAAGACCAAUGAUACAAAACGAGCAAACGAGAUAGCAAUCAUUGCUUUGUUGCUUUUUCUUCGAACAUAUCUUGUCUUGAUUAACAGUAACAGACCUGAACAAGUUAUAGUUUGAAAUAGUGCAAUGAAGGUCCUUAAAGGUACUCUAUGUUCGUUCAUCGAUGUUCGCUACUUGUGAAUGAGGUUUAGCUCGCGUUUAGUCACAUUCAAUAUCCGUUAGCUGGCACAAUGGUCAAUCUGGAAGUGAUUUCUAAGCUUUGCGCGAUUUCAAGGCACGAUACUUCACUUCACGAGCGAAUGUUAGAAGGAUAUUUUUACCAAGCACGCGUAGAACGACUGACGAUUGUUAUCUCGAGUCGUACAUGUAAAGUAUGUAUAAAAAUUAAGCUAACUUGUCGAUAUUUAAUAAAUUGAUAAGAAUUAAUUACAUUCUCUUAAGGAAGAACAAACACAAGACAUGAAGUUAGCUUUUGAAAUCAUAAAACGCGUGCGUCAUUAUCGUUUAGACAAAUUGUACAAAUUAAUCGCGCCGCUCGUUAAUUAGGUACUUAAAUAUAGAACAAGUUCAAGCUAGCUGGAUUAGAGACAAGCGAAUUUGAACCGCGAGGCAAACAAACAUUAGCCAAAAAGAUUGAAGAGAGUAGAAAAAUGAAAUUGUAUAAAAUAAUCAUUGACGAACGCAAGUGGACGAAAGUCGAUCAAAUCACGAUCAAAAAUCUUGCCAUGGUAGCUCCUUAAAAAGUUAGGCAAAAACCGUGGACAGCUUUGAAAUUGUAUUGAGUAAUUGAUUAACUCAUGUGCACAGAAACAUUUGUAUGAAUUUGAAACAUAGCGCGAAAUUUAUAACUCAUAAAAAAACGAGCAAUGGAUAAAGAAACGGUAGUAAAAGUUCAUAUAUCUUUCCUUCUUUUUUUAUUCCUCUUCUGUCCCCUUUCAAUGAGUCGUCCAACCGGUUGGUUCAAAGAAUUCUUUGAAAAAGAAGACUUUGUAUACGUAAAUACGUUCUUCAUUGAUUUUUCUUUCUCCUGUUUCGUUUUAACCCUCUCGCUCUAUUUCUUUUCGGACAUAUUACAAUUUAUCGAAUGCCGUAGGAUUGUUCCGUCGCCAUAUUCGGUUAGGCGAUAUGUAUUUUUUAUGCGAGUUUAUAGACCGCCAUUUCGUCGAUUGGAUUUGUAAGAGAAUGGUAUUUAUAUUAGCAAUAAAUAAUGAUUCCAAUGAUCGCUAA